CGUCACCUCCCUCCCCUCUUGCUUAACCCUGGAAACCUCCUCUCUCUCUCUCUAACUCUCUCUUUCUCUCUUUCGCUCUCUCUCUCCCUCUAACUCUCUCUCUCUAAAUAUUUGUAGCUCCAAAUGUCUCAAGCCCUCACAAAAUCUCCUAAACACUGUGGCAACAAACACGGACUUAACAUUUGCAAGCUCUACAAGAAUCUUUUCUUACUAUUCUCUACAUUUGGCACCACAAUUCUCUCCAUAAUACUAGUCGUUUGGCUUAUCCUCCGCCCCACGAAACCUGAGUUCUCCCUCAAGGAAGCCGAUAUCUACCAGCUCAACCUCUUCAGCAGCUACCUCCUCAACUCCUCCGUCCAACUCACCCUACUUUCAAAAAACCCUAAUCAGAAAGUCGGGAUUUACUACGACGAGCUUCAAGUCUAUGCUGCAUACAAGGGCCAGCAAAUCACUGUCUACACCUCUCUUCCUCCGUUUUACCAAGGACAUGAAGACAGUAAUAUCUUGACAGCUUCUUUGGUGGGAAUCGGUCUGCCAGUGGGUCCCUCUUUCGGUUAUGAAAUGGGACGUGAUCAAACGGCUGGUAGACUGGUUUUGAAUCUCAAAGUGAUUGGACGACUUCGAUGGAAGGUCGGAGUUUGGGUUUCCGGGAAGUAUAGGGUCAACGUGGAUUGUCUUGCUGUCAUGGCUUUUGGUCCUGCUGCUCCAACUGGUCCUCUCACUACAAGGCAAGGGACUCAGUGUUCUACCAACGUCUGAAUUGCGAGAGAAACUUACCUACAUCAUGCUUGGGAUAACGCCGCAGUGGCAUAGAGAAGUUCUUCCCGGGACUACAAAGACUACUUCGUACUACUAACGUAUAUGUGUUGUUUGGUUCUUGAAUAUUUGCUUGGUCAUGUUUGUUGAUCUUUUGUUCUGCGCUUAAGUGCUUGUAAAUUUGUAACAAUCAUAUGAUUGAUAUAUAGGACUGGAAGUAAUGAUCAUAUAUGAGUGAGAAUGAUAAGCUUGCUUAAUUGUACCA